CACGCUACGCACUCACGUCCGCUCCCCCUGAAUGUCAGCACCAUGCAUGUAUCAUGGUGCACUAAAAAUUCAGAUCUCAAACAGCUCAAACAGCAGCUUAAACGUAUUGUGUAGGGCUUCCGGGGAUCCUGUACCGCGACUUAACAUCUAAGUAGAUGAUAAAAGAGGAGGUGGAGAGCAGCCCUGAACUUGAAGAUGAGGCGUCUGUCACGGAGGAAAGCUCUGAGUUUGGUGAGGGAGCUGGACGCUUUCCCCAAAGUGUCAGACAGCUACGUGGAGACGUCAGCCUCAGGUGGGACAGUGUCGCUGAUAGCUUUUGGUGCCAUGGCUCUUCUGGCUAUUUUGGAGUUCUUUGUUUAUAGAGACACUUGGAUGAAGUAUGAAUAUGAAGUUGACAAGGAUUUUACCAGUAAAUUGAGAAUAAACAUUGACAUUACAGUUGCCAUGAAAUGCCAGCAUGUUGGAGCAGACAUUCUGGACCUGGCAGAGACCAUGAUCACAUCCAGUGGCCUCCAGUACGAACCGGUUAUUUUUGAACUAUCUCCACAACAGAGACUGUGGCAAAGGACGUUGCAUCUCAUACAGAACAGGCUGAGAGAGGAACACGCUCUUCAGGAAGUCCUCUACAAAACUCUCCUGAAAGGAGGUCCCACUGGCCUGCCGCCACGGGAGGAUGCCCCUAUGGAGCCGCUCAUGGCUUGCAGGAUACACGGGCAUGUCUACGUCAAUAAGGUAGCAGGAAACCUACACAUCACUGUGGGAAAGCCCAUUCACCAUCCUCAGGGUCAUGCCCAUAUCGCAGCUUUUGUGAGCCACGAGACGUACAACUUCUCCCAUCGAAUAGACAAUUUAUCUUUUGGGGAGGAGAUACCGGGCAUCAUCAAUCCUCUCGACGGCACAGAGAAAAUCACCUAUAACAAUAACCAGAUGUUCCAGUACUUCAUCACAGUGGUUCCAACCAGACUGAACACAUACAAGAUAUCUGCAGACACACACCAGUUUUCUGUGACUGAGCGGGAGAGGGUGAUAAACCACGCAGCGGGCAGUCACGGCGUUUCCGGCAUUUUUGUCAAGUACGACACCAGCUCUCUGAUGGUGACUGUCAGCGAGCAGCAUAUGCCACUGGGGCAGUUCCUGGUGCGACUGUGCGGCAUUAUCGGGGGUAUAUUCUCCACGACAGGCAUGCUCCACGGGCUUGUUGGCUUCUGUUUUGAUGCUAUCUGCUGUCGCCUCAAACUUGGAGUCUACAGGCCCAGAGAGGAUGUCCAGCUACACAACCAGAUGAACAAUCUAAACAAUCACCAGACUCCUUUGUUGGCUGACAAUGGUCCUCAGGACUAGCUGUUUCCAUGACCAGGCUUAUGGUCAUCACCAAAUGUCAUCAAUAUGCCAUUAAAUUGUGUUCAUUCUACUUAAGGUAAAGCCGUAUGUUAAACACUGUAAACUUGCAAAUAGGAAGUUCACAUCAGAUUGUUGUGUUGCCUUUGGCUGCAGUUAUAUUAGUUUGAAGAUUUCCUUUCUGUGAUGGGGUUUGUUCCUUGAGAAAUAGAGUGGGCUUUCUGUUCCACAUGCUGUACAGCACAUACAGCACAUUGUUUGUACUGACUUUAAAGUUUAAAUAUCCACAAAUUCAAAAAUACAAGUAAGGAUUUAUUUCAAAAGAUUUGGGUGUGCAAAACAUUUAAAAUAGUCAGUUAAGUCACAAAAAGAUGUGGAUGGUCUCUAAUUUAGUAUUGUGUCAUCCCAAUAGUUGUAAUAGCUUGUAAUGAGCUCUAUGUAGCUGAAAUGCAGGCAUUUUAAAAACCUUUAUCAAAAGGCCAAAAGAAUGAGUUUUAACGGGACUGGUAAUUUUAAAGUUUGGUAAAGAAACUACUUGGUGAGGUAGAAGUAAAGUUUAUUGCGGUGCAGCACACUUGCAAUUCUAAAUAAUUUCAGUUUUGCCAAGCAGAUUGAACAGUGAAUAAAAAGUGGUCAGACAUUU